CAAAAACAAGUGUUAUUUUUGUUUGAAAUAUUCAUCAUCAUCACUGAGAAGAGUGAGUGAGCCUCCAAGAAAGAAAAAAAAAAACGUUUGGUUGGAGAUCAGAUAUGGGGAAAGGAAGAGCUCCAUGUUGUGAUAAAGACAAAGUGAAGAGAGGUCCAUGGAGUCCAGCAGAGGACUUGAGGCUUAUCACUUUUAUUCGGAAACAUGGACAUGAGAACUGGAGAGCUCUUCCUAAACAAGCUGGGCUACUAAGAUGUGGAAAGAGUUGCCGUUUAAGAUGGAUUAAUUACCUGAGGCCAGAUGUCAAACGAGGGAACUUCAGCAAAGAGGAAGAAGAGACAAUAAUAAGGUUACAUGAGACUUUGGGAAACAAGUGGUCCAAAAUUGCAUCACAUUUAGCAGGAAGAACAGACAAUGAGAUAAAGAAUGUGUGGAACACUCAUUUGAAAAAGAAAUUGGCUUCAAAGAAUGGAAAUAUUCCUCAAAAAGAUGAAUCCAAGCAAUGUUCUAUGACCUCAUCAGCAUCAUGUUCAUCUAUUACAUUCGUGUCAUCAUCAUGUGGCAAAAGAAAUUUAGAGGUUGAACAUGAGAAACAAUGGGAUGAAGGGUCUGUGAACAAAAUGCCCAGAGAGGCAUUUGCUGUGGCAGUAUCAGAUAAAACACAAGAUUUCAAUGCUGUGCUAUCAAACCAUAACUGCAGCCCUUCUGAGGAGCCAAAAGAAUUGUCAAGUUCUUCAAUGUCUUCCAACAUCACCAAUGCCAGUCAGGUUGAUGUUUCAAAUCCAGAAAAUCAAUCAGAUUCACUGUUCAACUUCAUAGGAGUUUGUGAUACAAACAACAUAUCAGAGGAGGUGAACAAGCCUGAGAUCUCAGAUACUGCCUUCAAUAUCCCAUUGGAGUCAGAUUUGGACUUUUGGAAUAUGUUGGAUAGCUUAGGAUUAUUCCAAUCUGAUGAAAUCCAAUCAAAUGAGGUUGAGGGCAACCAGAGCACAAAUUUUGGAGAUGGAUACAGCAAAGAAGCUGAAAAUAACAAGUGGUUGCAUUACUUGGAAAAUGAACUUGGCCUGGAAGCAACCAGAAAUGAAAACCAGGACAAUUUGUCAAAGGAUGCUGCUGAGCCACCAGUCCCUGACAUGUAUGACAUGCUGCUGGAACCAGAAGCUGAUAUGGGCAUGGGUCAUCAUCACAUCUGGCCCUCUUCGAUCACCACACAGUUCUCCUAUCCGAAUCAAAUUCAACAGUAAAUUUAUACCUUGUUAUAAAUUUGGCAGGUUUUCCUAACUUGUUCAGUUAAUUAGAAUGAAGUUUGAACCAAACCAAAAUUUUCUCCAUUCCAAGCCAAUGACCAUACAACAUAUGUAAGUGGGUAGGUGGUGUUAUCCAAUUGUUCUCACAUGCAUGUCAGUUUUUACAAAUACAGUGCUGUGUCCUUUUGCAUAUAAAUUUUUAAUGUGAUUCACAUCGUAUUUGUUUAA